AUGAGGACUUUUGAGUACGUCGGUGCUCCCUACCGAGUCUUGUUCGGCAACGGCAUCCUCAAGCAGGAGGUUUGUCCGCUUAUGGAGAAGCUCAACAGUAAGGCGGCCAUUAUCCUUAGUACGCCGGAGCAGGUCUCAGUGGCCGAGACAGUUCAAGGCCUCCUAGGUGGCGCUGCAGUAUGUGUCUUUUCCGAGGCAACGAUGCACACACCAACCCACGUCACAGAGAAGACGUUGGCUCUCAUUAAAGAGAAGAAGGUCGAUGGUAUUGUCUCAGUAGGAGGAGGCAGCACUAUUAGCCUAGGCAAAGCUGUAAGCGUGCGCACAGGAUUGCCUCACCUUUGCAUUCCUACGACAUACGCUGGCAGCGAGAUGACGCCGAUUCUAGGCGAGACUGAGAAUGGGCGGAAGGUCACCAGGCGCGAUACCGAGAUCCUGCCUAAUGCAGUCUUAUACGACGUGGAGCUCUCCAAGAUGCUUCCUACGAAGAUAAGCCUAUAUAGUGGUAUAAACGCCAUUGCACACGCUGUUGAGGGUCUCUAUGCUGCUAAUAGAAACCCCAUCAUCGAGCUAAUGGCACUCGAAGGCAUCAAAGCACUUUGCGAGGCAUUGCCGAUUAUCAAUAGAGAUCUUCAAAACCCUGAAGCACGCUACAUGGCACUAACCUUCAACCUACCACACGCGGAGACCCACGUUGUCAUGCUGCUACACGCCUUGUCUUACAACCAGUCCCAUGUCCCCGAGGCAAUGGAGAAACUGGCGAGUGUUCUACCAGAGUCCAAUGGAGAUGUCGUCCAGGGCCUCAAUGCGCUCUACCGACGCCUGGGUAUUCAUUUUGGUCUCAAGGACCUUGGCAUGCCGGAGCAUGGUGUCGAAAAGGCCGCAGAGAUUGCUGUCUCUAAUACGUACAAGAAUCCACGCCCUCUGGAGCGUCAAGCUAUCCAGGAAAUUAUACGUCGCGUCUGGGCAGGGGAGAAUGCUUCAUCAGUUUGA